UCAUCCAAUCAUUUCCAUCACUCUUACAUAAAUUAAUACACUUAAUCCUUUGACUUCAAGUAUACACUUUUUGCUAAAGUUUCAUUAAUUCAAACAACCAUGUCUUCUUCUUCAUCUUCCAAAAAACACCCAACUUACCACGGAAUUCGAAGCCGUGGAGGAAAAUGGGUGACUGAAAUCCGCGAGCCUCGCAAAACCAACCGCAUAUGGCUAGGCACAUUCUCUACCCCUGAGAUGGCUGCUGCAGCUUAUGACGUUGCGGCUUUGGCUCUCAAAGGUAGGGACGCAGUGCUAAACUUUCCUGAUAGGGCUAGCAUGUAUCCAGUCCCGGCUUCCAAUUCUGCCGAUGACAUACGCAACGCUGCCAUUGCUGCAGCUGAAUUCAUGAAAGCUGAAUCCAGCAAUGAUACUGGUUUUGAAGUUAAUAAUUCAUAUCAAACUGAUCAGUUUCUUGAUGAAGAAGCUAUAUUCUCCAUGCCAAGUUUGAUGGUAGCAAUGGCUGAGGGAAUGAUGCUUUCACCUCCCAGAAUGAAUUCACCGCCGUCUGAUUACUCUCAGGAAUAUUACACUAUGGGACAAAGCUUGUGGAACCUUUUUUGAUCAACCACGCUCUCUCCAUUUAUAAUAUACAUAUGAUAUAAGUUAUAACUAGUAUUUUUUUCCGUUACUAAUCCCACUUUUUUCUGGUAAUUAGACUAAGAAAAAUUACUAUAUAUAAUGGAAUAGGAAAAUGUAUCUGGUGUAUAUCAUGCAUCACAGUGAUCAUGAUUAGCUAGAGAGUAUGUGUGUGUUUUGAUGCUCGUGGGAUCAAUUAGUCUAGCUAGGCCUGAUUGCAUUUGUAUCAGAAUCUUUUCUUAUGUUUUUAUUAUAUAUAUACGAGGCGUGAGUUU